UUUUGUUUUUAAACGUGUAAUUGGAAAGAGGGAUGGUUUCCAAGAAGAAAUCAAGUGAGGAUUGUAUUCUUUGGACUGUUCAAGAGGUCUAGAGGAAUAAUGAACUAUCGUUUUCUGGUGUAGCUCUUGGGGAAAUUUUUUUCUGACUUUAAACUGGUGGCUUGCCCUCCCCCAGGCUGAGCAUAAAAUUUAGCAUUAAUUGGGGUGUAGAUUGAGAAGGAAAAACAAAUCUUUCACACCAUCUAAAAAGCUCGGUCUCAAGUGCAGCUGUCCCUUCCCUCUCCCACUUGACUAGAAGGCUGAUAGACUGAGGCAGGUAUCACUUGAGGUUUACGAAGAAGCUCGAUUUGCUUCUCGGAGAUUUUAGCCAUGUUUGCUAGAUGCAUUAUGGACAUGGGGGAUGGAAUCCAAAUAAAACUUAUGUUUAGCUACCUUGUUUGUGUCGUGCAAACUUCCUUUUAACUGUCAUGCAUUUUUCUAGUAAUAGCUCUUCAAGUCUGCAAUAAAAAAUGGCCUCCAAUAAAACUACAUUGCAAAAAAUGGGAAAGAAGCAGAAUGGAAAGAGUAAAAAAGUCGAAGAGGCUGAACCUGAAGAAUUUGUGGUAGAAAAAGUUCUGGACCGGCGUGUUGUGAAUGGGAAGGUGGAAUAUUUCUUAAAAUGGAAGGGAUUUACAGAUGCUGAUAAUACUUGGGAACCUGAAGAAAAUUUAGAUUGUCCAGAAUUAAUUGAAGCAUUUCUCAACUCUCAAAAAGCUGGUAAAGAAAAAGAUGGUACGAAAAGAAAGUCUUUAUCUGACAGUGAAUCUGACGACAGCAAGUCAAAGAAGAAAAGAGAUGCUGCUGACAAACCAAGGGGCUUUGCCAGAGGUCUUGAUCCUGAACGAAUAAUUGGUGCUACAGACAGCAGUGGGGAAUUGAUGUUUCUCAUGAAAUGGAAAGAUUCAGAUGAGGCAGACUUGGUGCUGGCAAAAGAGGCAAACAUGAAAUGCCCUCAGAUUGUCAUUGCGCUUUAUGAAGAGAGACUCACUUGGCAUUCUUGUCCAGAAGACGAAGCUCAAUAAUUGUUUGCAUUGCUUUUUAUAUAUAUUUAUAUAUAUAUAAAAUUUGGGUCUUGGGUUUUUUUGUUUCUGUUUUGAAUUAUUAGUGAGAAGAAUAACUACAUUCUAAUGGAAAUCAAGUUUGAUAUGUUUUUUUUGGAGUAGUACUGGGGGAGUUGGGGUUAUUUUGUUGUUGUAUAAACAGCACUGGUUACUUUGAACAAAUAAAGCUUUCGGUAGUUGCUUCAUUUAUCAGAAAAGAACAUUUGAUACCAUGGUAUAUUAUUUCCUCUGCAUUACAAAAUAGCUUUUCUAAAUAUUGGAAGUUCUAGUUAUUACUGAGUCAGAACUUGUUUAAACCAUAAUGUAUGCCUAAGGACCAUUCUGGAUGUUUGGGUCUUUGUUUUUCUGUGUGUAUGCAUAAAUACGUAUGUAUAUUUUAUUUUGUUUUUACCUUCACCAAAAACUGUUCUAAACAAAAAUGGCAUUUAACAACCAUGGUUAUCUCCCUGUUGUUACAGGGACGGAUGCUAUCCUUCUGAGCAACUCAAGAUCACUUGUCAAGUAAAAUGGUGGGGGGGAAGGGGGGACUUGUGAGCCAUAAGCUUUUAAAUCAAAUAAAUGAUCCAGUAAUUAAUUAAACAACUCUCAAAUCCACACUUAUAGAAUCAUAUAAAUGAAACUAUUUGCAAAGUCCCCUGUGUGCACAAAAAAAUCUUAACUACUACUCAAAACCUCCCAACCCAAAUAAAACUGGACUGAUGUUGGUAUGUCUUCACGGUGGGUAUUGGUUCCUUUUAGAUAACCUUUUCUUUUUUACAGAAAGUUAAGAUCUGUGCUAUGUAAAAGGUGAUUCAUGGAAUGUUUUAAGACCUCGCUGGUGAAAAACCUAAUGAGCUGGUUAGCGGUGCUGCCGCUGAGGACCUGCUUCACAAAUGGUGAACAAGCGUGUCAUCCCGACUCCUGACCUGCUGGUUUCUGUCCCAACCCAUUCUUCACAUGGAGAUUCAACCUUCUCAGUAUCGGGGUUUGUUUCUAUCCCAACCCACUCUUCACAGGGACGUCCUGCCUUCUCAGUAUCGGGGAGACUCUAGAUCAGCUAAAGCCAGGAAAAACAACUUUGUCGUAAUCAGAAUGUUAACCCGAUUGUAUAUUGUUUACUUUAUUGUAAAUACUGGUGAACCGUGGUCAAUAAAUAGUUUUAUAUUCCUUUA